AGCCUAAGGAAGGAAAAAGCAUUUGAUUUCAUCUAUCUCUUCGCUUUCAGCCCUCACCUUCUUAUUUAAAAGAAAAAAACACGUCAUGCAAAAAAUAUGGCUUCUUGUGCUCGUGAUUUUCUACUGCGGCAUUUAUUCAAACGGGUUAAGUGGUGUUCCUGCAAGACCUGGUUCCGUCAACAUUGGGGCAAUUCUAUCUUUCAAUUCAACCGCUGGCAAAGUCGCAAGAGUUGCAAUUGAUGCGGCAAAGGAUGAUAUAAACUCCAAUCCAUCAGUUCUUAAUGGAACUAAACUCAAUAUUUCAUUCCAGGACACCAAAUUCUCCACUGGUUUUCUUGGCAUCGUUGACUCAUUAUUAUUGAUGGAGAAUGAUACAGUGGCCAUAAUUGGCCCUCAAUACUCAGUGAUGGCUCACGUGAUUUCACACAUAGCCAAUGAACUGCAAGUACCAUUACUAUCAUUUGCGGCAACAGACCCUACCUUGACUUCUCUUCAGUUCCCAUAUUUUGUUAGGACAACACAUAGUGAUCAAUUUCAAAUGGCUGCUGUGGCAGAUAUUGUUGACUAUUAUCAAUGGAGAGAUGUGAUAGCAAUCUACAUCGAUGAUGAUCAUGGAAGAAAUGGGAUAGUUGCAUUAGAAGAUAAGCUAGCUGAGAAACGUUGUAAGAUCUCAUAUAAAGCCCCUCUUACACCAAAUAAUAUCGACAAGGAAGAAAUAAACAAUGCACUAGUCAAGGUCAUUAUAAGGGAGUCCAGGGUUAUAGUCCUACACAUAUACCCUAGUUUUGGUGUAGAUGUACUUCAUGUGGCUGAGUCACUAGGCAUGUUGGGAAGUGGGUAUGUCUGGUUGGCCACUGAUUGGCUUUCCACAGUCCUAGAUACUGAUCCAACUAGGUCGUCUUCAUACAUGAAUGACCUCCAAGGUGUUAUAACCUUGAGAAUGUACACACCUGAUUCUGGAACGAAACAGAAUUUAUCUUCCAGGUGGAGUAAUUUAGUACAGAAGAAAGCUCCUGAUCAAAGUCCUUUCAUGUGGAACACUUAUGGCCUUUAUGCCUAUGACACUGUUUGGGUCCUUGCACAUGCCCUUGAUUCAUUUUUCAAUAGGGGAGGGACUUUAUCAUUUUCAAAUGAUUCAAGUCUAAACAAACUAACAGGGGGUAGACUGGACUUAAAUUCUAUAAGGGUCUUUGCCAACGGGAGGUUAUUGCUGGAAGAAACUAUGAAGGUGAAUAGAACUGGUUUAACAGGUCAAAUGAUGUUUAGUCCAGAUGGCGAGCUUAUGAAUCCUUCAUACGAAAUCAUUAAUGUGAUUGGUACUGGGGUUAGGAGGAUUGGAUUUUGGUCCAAUUCCUCUGGUUUACACACUGGACAAGCACCUAGUCAUUCAAACUCAAGUAAAGGGCUUUAUGGCGUGAUAUGGCCUGGGCAAACAACAACAACACCUCGUGGUUGGGUUUUUCCCAACAAUGGUAGGCGUUUAAUUAUUGGGGUGCCUCUCAGGAUUAGUUACCAUGAAUUUGUGUCAAGAAUUGAAGGAUUUGAAAUAUUUGGAGGUUAUUGCAUAGAUGUCUUCAAAGCUGCACUGGACUUAUUGCCUUAUCCAGUUCCAUACAAUUUUGUCCCAUUUGGAGAUGGUAAAAGUAACCCAUUAAACUCAGAACUUCUGAAAAAAAUCACAACUGGUGAGUUUGAUGCUGUGGUAGGUGACAUUACUAUUACCACAAACAGAACAAAGAUAGUGGAUUUCACACAACCAUAUAUUGAGUCUGGGCUAGUUGUUGUGGCUCCUAUUAGAAAGUCAAACUCUAACGCUUGGGCUUUCCUAAGACCAUUUACUCCAAUGAUGUGGUUUGUGACUGGAAUGUCUUUCUUUGUUGUGGGAGCAGUUGUGUGGGUUUUAGAACGGCGAGUAAAUGACGAUUUUCGAGGUCCCGCUAGAAGACAGUUUGUGACCAUUAUAUGGUUUAGUUUUUCAACCCUGUUUUUUGCACAUAGAGAGAGAACUUUGAGCACCCUGGGUCGCUUAGUGCUGAUAAUAUGGCUAUUUGUAGUCCUAAUACUGAACUCCAGCUACAUAGCAAGCCUGACCUCUAUUCUCACAGUGGAACAGCUCUCUUCCCCAGUGAAAGGAAUUGAGAGCUUAGUAACCAGCAAAGACCUCAUUGGCUAUCUACGAGGCUCAUUUGCAGAGAACUACCUCACUGAAGAACUCAACAUCAUGAAAUCCAGACUUGUGCCACUGGAUUCUCCAUUAGAAUAUGAGAAAGCCUUGAAGGAUGGACCUGCCAAUGGUGGUGUUGCAGCAAUCAUUGAUGAACGUGCUUACAUGGAGCUCUUUCUUUCAACUAGAUGUGAAUUUGGAAUCGUUGGUCAAGAGUUCACCAAAAUGGGUUGGGGUUUUGCUUUUCCCAGAGAUUCUCCUUUGGCAAUAGACAUGUCAACAGCAAUCUUAAAACUAUCAGAGAACGGUGAUCUUCAAAGAAUACAUGACAAAUGGCUUUCAAGAAGUGCAUGCAGCUCAGAAGGCUCAAAGCAAGGCAUAGACAGAUUGCAGCUAAGGAGCUUUUGGGGUCUCUUUCUUCUAUGUGGGAUUGCCUGCUUCAUAGCUCUGCUUUGUUAUGUCAUUCGCAUGGCCUACCGUUUUAGCCGCCACUCUGACUGCGACCUCGCCGGCUUGUCGCACUCAGCUCGAAUCCAGUCAUUUAUUUCCUUUGUCAAUGAAAAAGAAGAGGAAGGAAAGAAUUGCAGCAAGCCAAGGAGAAGCAGAAAAGUAGCGCAUGAAGAUGGGUCAAUGGAUGGCUCCAAUAUUAACGGUGUUCAUUAUGAAAAUGAUCCUUCCCAGUGUUAACUAGAGAAUGUGGUCAUUGUAGUUCACUUCAAUGUGAUGUUACGGAUGUUUAAAAUGAGCACCUAUUGUAUAAAUAAUACGAAAAAUCAAAAUAAUUAAUAAAGAAGUAGUUGUAUGCAUA